AUGCACACCACAACCCUCCUCCUCCCUCUCCUUUCCUUCCUGGCUUCCGCAGCCCCAACAACCCGCUCAUCAAACGCCCAAAUAACAGCCCAGCAAAUCCAACAAAUCGCACCCAGAUCCUCCACCUGCGACAACCCCCCCGCAAAAGGCGAAUGCGCAACAGCAGACCAAGCCGCACCCAAUAUCGCAAAGUCCUUUGAGAACUAUGGCGUUACGAGUCGCGCAGAGCAGGCUGCUGUUAUUGCGCUGAUGGCGUUUGAGAGUGAGGAGUUUCGGUAUAGUAGGAAUCAUUUUCCAGGGGUUGAGGGGCAGGGGACGCGGAAUAUGCAAUCCCCCGCCUUCAACGCUAAAUACGCCUCUUCGAUCCCCGCGAUCAGCGAUAAAGUAUCUGCCGCGAACGGCGACGCGGGCCAGAUACUUGAUAUUCUCCUCGCGGAUGAGGAGUAUGAUUUCGGGUCUGGGGCGUGGUUUUUGACGACGCAGUGUGAUCAGGGUGUUAGGGAGAGUUUGCAGAGUGGGAGUGAGGAGGGGUGGCAGGGGUAUAUUAGUGGGUGUGUUGGGACGGAGGCGAAUGAAGGGAGGAGGGGGUAUUGGGAGAGUGCUGUUAAGGCGUUGGGUGUCAGUUCUUAG